AACCGGAAAUUCUCGUGUUUUGCUUCCGGUCAAAACGAAAAUAGCUCACGUUCAGACACUCAAGUCAUGCUUUAUCGCCAAUGUGAAUGCGUAUUGACUUGAUUUAAUUUUUACUUCGUAGAUUCAUCGGCGUGAGCAUCGUAAUUCGUAUUUUGUGUUCUACUUAUUUUUUCUUUUCAUUCAGAAUUGCGACUGUCAGCAAGCCACAGAGUUAGCCCGUCUCAGCUAACCAGUAUCACCUAACAGUAUCAUGCUGUCCGCUGUGUGUAUUUUGGGUUUAUGAUAAAUAACGUAGUGCCGGGGAUGAUAAUGGCAACGCGACAACCAUUUACUGACACAGACACUGCCGAUGAAGCAGUGAGGGCAACGUGUGACGAUGCAACUACAUGUAAAAGGUUUGCCACCAGUAAAGGCUACUGGAAGGAUCCUUAUAUCCAAUACUUCGUCAGAUCAGUCGGAGAAAGGAAGGCACCGGAAAUAAAUCGAGGGUAUUAUGGCCGAGUUCAAGGUGUCAAUCAUCUUCUUGAUGCCUUUUUAAGAAAAACAGAGUGCAAUUGUCAGGUGAUCAAUCUGGGUGCUGGGCUGGACACUACGUUCUGGAGACUGAAGGAUGAAGACCUCAUGCCUAGGAAGUUCUUUGAAGUGGACUUCCCAACUAUUGUGGCGAGGAAAAUACACAAUAUAAAGACGAAGCCUCCGCUGUCCAAGCCUCUCAUCGAAACACACUCUACCGACUCCUUAUUACUUGAUGCCCACAGCCUUGACUCAGACCGCUACUGUAUCGUCGGAGCAGACCUACGGGAUGUCGGCAGUUUGGACGACAAGCUGAAGAAGUUUCAGCUCUGCCCAGAGUUGCCUACCUUGCUCUUGUCCGAGUGCGUGUUGGUCUACAUGAGCCCCACUCAGUCCUCCAAUCUGCUCCACUGGGCUGCGGAAACAUUCCACACCGCCAUGUUCAUCAACUAUGAGCAGGUGAACAUGAGCGACCGAUUCGGUCAAGUGAUGAUCGAGAACCUGCAGCGGCGUCAGUGCACGCUGGCUGGUGUCGAGGCUUGUCAGUCUCUGGACUCACAGAAGGAACGCUUUCUGAAGACAGGCUGGGAUCACGCCAACGCACUGGACAUGAUGUCAGUCUACAGCAUGCUGCCCAAGGAUGAUGUGGCCAGGAUUGAGCAACUUGAGUUUCUUGAUGAGAAAGAAUUGUUGCAGCAGCUCCUUCAGCACUACAGCAUCGGCUGGGCCACCAAGGACAAACUCAGUCUGGGUCUGUCGCAGCUGAAUUUCUGAGCGGAGAACUUCACCUCCACCCGAGGAGUUGAUGCUGGCGCCAGAGCCAACAACAGCAGGAGGCCAGAAGAUGAGGGAAAGAGGAAAAACAGACUCUCCAUCAGGGAGCUGUUGGAGUGUGAUCAUGUCAGCAGGUCGUGUUUCCGUGGAACUCGGCGAGUCCCACAGCUUAAAUGAUGUUUUUCUUCCUGAUGUCCUGCUUUUGUUUCAUUUCAUUUUAAUGUAGUCACUCACUCUUUCACAACAAAAUGAAGACAUGGUUGAUCGUGAAACUACUGUUGACUAAUAAGCUUUUAGUCACCCGAUGAUUUUCUAUUGCACAUGAAUAAAAGAUAAAAUUGUGUAAAUGAGAAUACUUCCCUCAACACGUCACUGAGCUGACGCGUUUAUCCGACAUGACCCUACUGAGGUCAAAAAUCUUUUUCUCCUACAAUUAAAAUAUUUAGAAAAUUUGCCAGACAUCAGCAACAAAAUAUUUAAAAGUUGA